GGUUCAAGAUGGCCGGCCGUUUCGGUCCCCCUCCUGCCCUCGGCCCCAAACCCCAUUCAUUGCCGCGCUGCUGAGCGGCGCCGCGAGCAGGCCCGAGGGCUCCGGGCGCUGUCCCCGCGGGGCAGGAGACCGCCAUGGCGACCCUGGAGAAGCUGAUGAAGGCUUUCGAGUCUCUCAAGUCUUUCCAGCAGCAACAGCAACAGCAGCCGCCGCCGUCUCAGCCCCCUCAGCCGCCGCCGCCUCAGCCGCAGCCCCCGCCACCGCCGCCGCCGCCGCCGCCGCCGCCUCCCGGGCCAGCCGUGGCCGAGGAGCCACUGCCCAGACCAAAGAAAGAACACGCAACCACCAAGAAAGACCGUGUGACUCACUGUCUGACAAUAUGUGAGAACAUAGUGGCUCAGUCUCUCAGAAAUUCCCCAGAAUUCCAGAAACUUCUGGGCAUUGCUAUGGAACUUUUUCUGCUGUGCAGCGACGACGCGGAGUCGGAUGUCAGGAUGGUGGCGGACGAGUGCCUCAACAAAGUCAUAAAAGCUUUGAUGGAUUCUAACCUUCCGAGGCUACAGUUAGAACUCUAUAAAGAAAUUAAAAAGAACGGCGCCCCUCGGAGCCUGCGUGCCGCCCUCUGGAGGUUUGCUGAGCUGGCUCACCUGGUUCGGCCUCAGAAAUGCAGGCCCUACUUGGUAAACCUCUUGCCGUGCCUGACUCGGACGAGCAAGAGACCGGAGGAGUCUGUUCAGGAGACCUUGGCUGCUGCUAUACCCAAAAUUAUGGCUUCGUUUGGCAAUUUUGCAAAUGACAAUGAAAUUAAGGUCCUGUUAAAGGCUUUCCUCGCGAACCUGAAGUCCAGCUCCCCGACUGUGCGGCGGACAGCGGCCAGCUCCGCGGUGAGCGUCUGCCAGCACUCUAGGAGGACGCAGUACUUCUACAGCUGGCUGCUCACUGUGCUGCUAGGUCUGCUGGCUCCUGUCACCGACGAGCGCCCGCCCCGCCUGGUCCUUGGGGUGCUGCUUGCGCUGCGCUGCUUGGUGCCCCUGCUGCAGCAGCAGGUUCAGGACACCAGCCUGAAAGGCAGCUUCGGGGUCACGCGGAAAGAGAUGGAAGUGUCCCCCUCGACAGAGCAGCUGGUGCAGGUGUAUGAGCUGACCUUGCAUUACGCGCAGCACCCAGACCACAACGUGGUGACCGGGGCUCUGGAGCUCCUGCAGCAGCUCCUCAGGACCCCGCCUCCCGAGCUCCUGCGGGCCCUGACCACGCCGGGUGGCCUGGCGCCGCUCAGCGCCCCCAGCCUGGAGCCCGGCGCUCGGAGCCGCAGCGGGAGUAUCGUGGAGCUGAUAGCUGGAGGGGGUUCUUCCUGCAGCCCUGUCCUUGCAAGAAAGCAGAAAGGGAAAGAGCUCUGCGGAGAGGCGGCCGCCCUGGAGGACGACACCGAGUCGCGGUCGGAGGGCAGCAGCCCAGCCUUUGCAGUCAAGGGCGAGAUCUGUGGGGAGCUGGCUGCCUCUCCAGGGGUCUCCACUGCGGGUUCUGCCAGCGCAGCUGCCGCCUCCACGGGUCACGACAUCAUCACCGAGCAGCCCCGGGCACAGCACACCCUGCAGCCGGACGCGGUGGACCUGGCCGGCUGUGACUUGACGAGCGCUGCCACCGACGGGGAGGAGGAGGACAUCCUGAGCCACAGCUCCAGCCAGAUCAGCGCCGUCCCGUCCGACCCUGCCACGGACUUGAACGAUGGGACCCAGGCCUCCUCCCCUGUCAGUGACAGCUCGCAGACCACCACCGAGGGGCCGGAUUCGGCCGUGACCCCUUCGGACAGUUCUGAGAUUGUGUUGGACGGAGCUGACGGCCCGCCGCGCGGGGAGGAGGAGGAGCCCCCGGGCCUCCUUCCGGACGAGGACUCGGACGCCUUCCCACACCCCUCAGCCGAAGCCCUUCAGCAAGCGCACCUGCUGGGGAGCAUGGGCCACAGCAGGCGGCCCUCUGAGGGCAGCGUGGAUAAGCUCCUGCCGAGAGAGGAGGCUGCCGACCUGGGAGAGCAGGAAAGCAAGCCUUGCCGGGUCAAAGGUGACAUUGGACAGCCUACCGACGAGGAUGCUGCCCCCCUGGUCCAUUGUGUCCGUCUUUUAUCUGCUUCAUUUUUGCUAACGGGGGAAAAAAAUGCGUUGGUUCCGGAUCGGGACGUGCGGGUCAGCGUGAAGGCGCUGGCGCUCAGCUGUGUGGGAGCGGCCGUGGCCCUUCACCCCGAGUCUUUCUUCAGCAAGCUGUAUAAAGCCCCUCUGGACACCGCGGAGUACCCUGAGGAGCAGUGUGUCUCGGACGUCUUGAACUACAUCGACCACGGAGACCCGCAGGUCCGGGGAGCCACGGCUGUUCUCUGCGGGACGCUCCUCUGCUCCAUCCUCAGCCGUUCCCGCUUCCAGGUGGGCGGCUGGAUGGGCUCCGUUCGCACUGUGACAGGGAACACGUUCUCUCUGGCGGACUGUGUUCCUCUGCUGCAGAAAACGCUGAAGGAUGAGUCUUCUGUUACUUGCAAGUUGGCAUGUACAGCUGUGCGGCACUGUGUGAUGAGCCUCUGCAGCAGCAGCUACAGUGACUUGGGGCUGCAGCUGAUCACCGACAUGCUGAGCCUGAGGAGCAGCUCCUACUGGCUGGUGAGGACGGAGCUGCUGGAGACUCUGGCAGAGGUGGACUUCCGGCUGGUGAGCUUUCUGGAGGCAAAAGCAGAACACCUGCACCGAGGGGCGCACCAUUACACAGGGCUUUUGAAACUGCAAGAACGGGUGCUCAAUAGCGUGGUCAUCUAUUUGCUUGGGGACGAAGACCCCAGGGUGCGCCAUGUUGCUGCCGCUUCAUUAAUGAGGCUUGUCCCAAAGCUGUUUUACCAGUGCGACCAAGGACAGGCUGAUCCAGUAGUGGCCGUGGCAAGAGACCAAAGCAGCGUUUACUUGAAGCUUCUCAUGCACGAGGCGCAGCCUGCCUCGCACUUCUCCGUCAGCACCAUCACCAGAAUAUACAGAGGCUACAACUUACUGCCAAGCAUAACGGAUGUCACCAUGGAGAACAACCUGUCCAGAGUCAUUGCCGCCGUGUCGCAGCAGCUUGUCACAGCCACCACGCGCGCGCGCACGUUCGGAUGCUGCGAAGCUUUGUGCCUUCUCUCCACAGCCUUUCCAGUUUGCGUCUGGAGUUUGGGUUGGCACUGCGGAGCGCCCCCGCUGGGCGCCUCAGACGAGUCUCGGAAGAGCUGCACGGUGGGCAUGGUCUCGACGGUCCUCACCUUGCUCUCGUCGGCGUGGUUCCCGCUGGACCUCUCGGCCCAUCAGGACGCCCUCAUCCUGGCUGGGAACCUGCUCGCAGCCAGCGCCCCCAAGUCUCUGCGGAGUUCCUGGGCCGCUGAGGAAGAGGCCGGCCCCGCGGCCAGCAAGCAGGAGGAGGUGUGGCCAGCGCUGGGGGACCGGAGCCUGGUGCCCAUGGUCGAGCAGCUCUUCUCCCACCUGCUGAAGGUUAUCAACAUCUGUGCACACGUGUUGGAUGAGGUGGCUCCUGGACCCGCAGCCAAGGCAGCCUUGCCGUCCCUAGCGAACCCCCCGUCGCUGAGCCCCAUCCGACGGAAGGGGAAGGAGAAAGAGCCAGGAGAGCAGGCGUCCGUGCCGCUGAGCCCCAAGAAAGGCAGUGAGGCCAGCCCAGCCUCCCGCCAAGCAGAAGCCUCAGGACCUGUUACAGCAAAUAAAUCCUCAUCGUUGGGGAGUUUCUACCACCUUCCUUCUUACCUCAAGCUGCACGACGUUCUGAAAGCGACCCACGCCAACUACAAGGUCACCUUGGAUCUUCAGAACAGCGCGGAGAAGUUCGGCGGCUUUCUGCGCUCGGCCUUGGACGUGCUCGCCCAGAUUCUGGAGCUGGCCACGCUGCAGGACAUCGGGAAGUGUGUUGAGGAGAUCCUGGGAUACCUGAAGUCCUGCUUCAGUCGGGAGCCAAUGAUGGCGACUGUGUGCGUUCAACAGUUGCUGAAGACUCUCUUUGGGACGAACUUGGCCUCCCAGUUCGACGGCUUAUCGUCCAACCCUAGCAAGUCUCAAGGCCGAGCCCAGCGCCUUGGCUCAUCCAGCGUGAGGCCGGGCCUCUACCACUACUGCUUCAUGGCGCCAUACACCCACUUCACCCAGGCCCUGGCGGACGCCAGCCUGCGGACCAUGGUGCAAGCGGAGCAGGACCACGAUGCCUCGGGGUGGUUUGAUGUCCUCCAGAAAGUGUCCACCCAGUUGAAGACAAACCUCACAAGUGUCACCAAGAACCGUGCAGACAAGAGUGCCAUUCACAGUCACAUCCGCCUCUUCGAGCCCUUGGUCAUAAAGGCGCUCAAGCAGUACACGACCACCACGUCCGUGCAGCUGCAGAAGCAGGUCCUGGACUUGCUGGCGCAGCUCGUUCAGCUGCGGGUUAACUACUGUCUCCUGGACUCAGACCAGGUGUUUAUUGGCUUCGUGCUGAAGCAAUUUGAAUACAUUGAGGUCGGCCAGUUCAGGGAGUCCGAGGCCAUCAUUCCAAACAUCUUUUUCUUCCUGGUCCUGCUAUCUUACGAACGCUAUCACUCCAAGCAGAUCAUUGGGAUCCCCAAGAUCAUCCAGCUCUGUGAUGGCGUCAUGGCCAGCGGCAGGAAGGCUGUGACACACGCCAUACCGGCCCUGCAGCCCAUCGUCCACGACCUCUUCGUGUUAAGAGGAACCAACAAGGCUGAUGCAGGAAAGGAGCUGGAAACGCAGAAAGAGGUGGUGGUGUCGAUGCUCCUGAGGCUCAUCCAGUACCACCAGGUGCUGGAGAUGUUCGUUCUCGUGCUGCAGCAGUGCCACAAGGAGAGCGAGGACAAGUGGAAGCGGCUGUCCCGGCAGGUGGCAGACAUCAUCCUCCCGAUGCUGGCCAAGCAGCAGAUGUACAUUGAUUCCCACGAGGCCCUCGGAGUGCUGAACACUUUGUUUGAGAUUCUGGCCCCUUCCUCCCUGCGGCCCGUGGACAUGCUUCUGCGGAGCAUGUUCGUCACUCCAGCCACGUUGGCGUCUGUGAGCACUGUCCAGCUCUGGAUCUCAGGAAUCCUGGCCAUUUUGAGAGUCCUCAUCUCCCAGUCCACUGAAGAUAUUGUUCUCUCACGUAUUCAGGAGCUGUCCUUCUCUCCGUAUUUAAUCUCCUGUCCGAUAAUUAAUAGGUUAAGAGAUGGGGACAGUAAUUCAACACCAGAAGAACACAGUGAAGGGAGACAGGCGAAGAAUUUGCCAGAAGAAACAUUCUCAAGGUUCCUCCUGCAGCUGGUCGGCAUCCUCCUUGAGGACAUCGUGGCCAAGCAGCCGAGGGUGGACAUGAGCGAGCAGCAGCACACCUUCUACUGCCAGGAGCUGGGCACGCUGCUCAUGUGUCUGAUCCACAUCUUCAAGUCCGGAAUGUUCCGGAGAGUCACAGCGGCUGCCUCUAGACUCUUCACCGCAGACGGUACCGACGGCAGCUUCUACAGCCUGGAGAGCCUGAACGCACGCGUGCGCUCCAUGGUCCCCACACACCCGGCCCUCGUGCUGCUCUGGUGCCAGAUCCUGCUGCUCGUCAGCCACACAGACCACCGCUGGUGGGCCGCGGUGCAGCAGACCCCCAGAAGACGUAGCCUGUCCAGCACGAAGUCGCGGAGUCCCCAGGUGUCUGAGGAAGAGGAGGACUCCGACUUGGCAUCCAAGCUUGGAAUGUGCAACAGGGAGAUCGUCCGGCGAGGGGCCCUCAUCCUCUUCUGCGACUAUGUUUGUCAGAACCUGCACGACUCGGAGCACUUGACGUGGCUCAUUGUGAACCACAUCCAGGACCUGAUCAGCCUGUCCCAUGAGCCCCCCGUGCAGGACUUCAUCAGCGCAGUGCACCGGAACUCCGCCGCCAGCGGCCUUUUCAUCCAGGCCAUCCAGUCUCGGUGUGAAAACCUCUCUGCCCCCACCACGCUGAAGAAAACCCUUCAGUGCUUGGAAGGGAUCCACCUCAGCCAGUCGGGUGCCGUGUUAACGCUGUAUGUGGACAAGCUUUUGUGUACUCCGUUCCGUGUGCUGGCUCGCAUGGUUGACACCCUUGCUUGUCGCCGGGUAGAAAUGCUUUUGGCUGCAAAUUUACAGACCAGCAUGGCCCAGUUGCCGGUGGAAGAACUAAACCGGAUCCAGGAGCACCUUCAGAGCAGCGGCUUAGCACAAAGGCACCAAAGGCUCUACUCCUUGCUGGACAGGCUGCGCCUCGCCACCGCCCCAGGGUCCCGUGGCCCCUCUCCUCCGGUCACAUCCCACCCGCUGGAUGGGGAUGGGCCCCUCGCACUCGAGACCGUGAGUCCAGACAAAGACUGGUACGUGCGCCUGGUCAAGUCCCAAUGCUGGACGAGGUCCGACUCUGCGCUGCUGGAGGGGGCGGAGCUGGUGAAUCGGAUCCCUGCAGGUGACAUGAGUGCAUUCGUGAGGAGCUCGGAGUUCAACGUAAGCCUGUUAGCCCCUUGCCUGGGCUUGGGCGCGCGUGAAAUUUCUGGAGGCCAGAAGAGCCCCCUCUUUGAAGCAGCCCGUGCGGCGACUCUGGACCGUGUGACCAGUGCGGUGCAGCAGCUCCCAGCUGUCCAUGAGGUGUUCCAGCCCUUCCUGCCUGUGGAGCCCGCCGCCUACUGGAGCCAGCUGCGUGAGCUCUUCGGGGACGCUGCGACAUACCGCUCCCUGACCACGGUGGCCCGUGCCCUGGCCCAGUACCUGCUGGUGUUCCCCAAGCUGCCCGGCCACCUGCACCUUCCUCCGGAGAAGGAGAGGGACACUGUGAAGUUUGUGGUCAUGACCAUGGAGGCGCUCUCGUGGCACUUGAUCCACGCGCACAUCCCACUGAGCCUGGACCUGCAGGCAGGCCUGGACUGCUGCUGCCUGGCCCUGCAGCUGCCCGGCCUCUGGAGCCUGCUGGCCUCCCCGGAGAUGGUGACCCACGCCUGCUCCCUGAUCCACUGCGUCCGCUUCAUCCUGGAAGCCAUUGUGGUGCAGCCUGGGGACCAGCUUCUCAGCCCAGAAAGGAGGACGGCCACCGCAGCCGCAUCCAGGGAGGACCAAGCAGACUCUCAUACGCAGAGCCCUGAGUACGUGACUGCAGCCUGCAGGAUGGUGGCAGAGAUGGUGGAGUCUUUGCCAUCUGUGCUGGCCUUGGGGCAUGAGAGGAACAGCAACACCCCUGCGUUUCUCACGUCGGUGCUCAAGAACAUCGUCAUCAGCCUGGCCCGCUUACCCCUCGUCAACAGCUACACGCGUGUCCCCCCCCUGGUCUGGAAACUUGGAUGGGCCCCCAAGCCAGGAGGGGACUUUGGCACAGCCUUCCCUGAGAUCCCCGUGGAGUUCCUCCAGGAGAAGGAGGUCUUCCGAGAGUUCAUCUUCCGCAUCAACACACUAGGGUGGACCAGCCGCACCCAGUUUGAGGAAACGUGGGCCACCCUCCUCGGUGUCCUGGUGACUCAGCCCCUCGUGAUGGAGCAGGAGGAGAGCCCCCCGGAAGAGGACACAGAGAGGACCCAGAUCAACGUCCUGGCUGUGCGGGCCAUCACCUCCCUGGUGCUGAGCGCAAUGACUGUGCCCGUGGCCGGUAACCCGGCCGUGAGCUGCUUGGAGCAGCAGCCCCGGAACAAGCCCCUGAAAGCCCUCGACACCAGGUUUGGGAGGAAGCUGAGCGUGAUCAGAGGAAUUGUAGAGCAGGAAAUUCAAGCAAUGGUUUCGAAGAGAGAGAACAUCGCCACUCAUCAUUUGUACCAGGCGUGGGACCCCGUCCCUUCUCUGUCUCCAGCCACCACAGGUGCCCUCAUCAGCCACGACAAGCUUCUGCUGCAGACCAACCCCGAGCGGGAGCUGGGCAGCACGGGCUACCAGCUGGGCCAGGUGUCCAUCCACUCGGUGUGGCUGGGGAACAGCAUCACACCCCUGAGGGAGGAGGAGUGGGAUGAGGAGGAGGAGGAAGAGGCUGAUGUCCCCGCCACUUCAUCACCACCCACGUCCCCAGUCAACUCCAGGAAGCACCGGGCCGGGGUCGACAUCCACUCCUGCUCCCAGUUCUUGCUCGAGUUGUACAGUCGCUGGGUCCUGCCGUCAAGUCCAGCCCGGAGGACCCCCGUCGUCUUGAUCAGCGAAGUGGUGCGAUCUCUCCUCGUGGUCUCAGACUUGUUCACUGAGCGCAGCCAGUUUGAGAUGAUGUACCUGACGCUGACCGAGCUGCGGAAGGUUCACCCUUCGGAAGACGAGAUUCUUCUUCAGUACCUGGUGCCGGCCACCUGCAAGGCGGCUGCCGUUCUCGGGAUGGACAAGGCAGUGGCCGAGCCGGUCAGCCGGUUGCUGGAGAGCACGCUCAGGAGCAGCCACCUGCCCAGCAGGACCGGGGCGCUGCACGGCGUGCUCUACGUGCUGGAGUGCGAUCUCCUGGAUGACACCGCCAGGCAGCUCGUCCCCGUCGUCUGCGACUACCUCCUCUCCAACCUCCGCGGCGUGGCCCACUGCGUCAACGUCCACAGCCAGCAGCACGUGCUGGUGAUGUGCGCCACUGCCUUCUACCUGAUCGAGAACUACCCGCUGGACGUGGGGCCCGAGUUUUCGGCAUCCGUCAUCCAGAUGUGCGGAGUGAUGCUGGCGGGAAGCGAGGAGUGCACCCCGUCCACAGUCUACCACUGCGUCCUGCGGGGCCUGGAGCGCCUCCUGCUGUCCGAGCAGCUCUCCCGGCUGGACACAGAGUCCCUGGUCAAGCUCAGCGUGGACAGGGUGAACGUGCACAGCCCACAUCGGGCGCUGGCGGCCCUGGGCCUGAUGCUCACCUGCAUGUACACAGGGAAGGAGAAGGUCAGCCCAGGCAGGACCUCCGAGCCCAGCCCCGCCGCCCCCGACAGCGAGUCCGUGAUCGUGGCCAUGGAGCGCGUGUCCGUGCUUUUUGACAGGAUCAGGAAGGGGUUUCCCUGCGAAGCACGCGUGGUAGCGCGGAUCCUCCCUCAGUUCCUAGACGACUUCUUCCCACCCCAGGACGUCAUGAACAAAGUCAUUGGAGAGUUUCUGUCCAGCCAGCAGCCCUACCCGCAGUUCAUGGCCACCGUGGUGUACAAGGUGUUCCAGACCCUGCACAGCACGGGGCAGUCAUCCAUGGUCCGGGACUGGGUCAUGCUGUCCCUCUCCAACUUCACGCAGAGGACCCCAGUCGCGAUGGCCAUGUGGAGUCUCUCCUGCUUCUUCGUCAGCGCGUCCACCAGCCCAUGGGUCUCGGCAGUUCUCCCCCACGUCAUCAGCAGGAUGGGCAGGCUGGAACAGGUGGACAUUAACCUCUUUUGCCUGGUGGCCACAGACUUCUACAGACACCAGAUUGAGGAAGAGCUGGACCGCCGGGCCUUCCAGUCUGUGUUCGAGGUGGUGGCAGCGCCGGGGACCCCCUAUCAGCGGCUGCUGGCUUGUUUGCAGAACGUCCACAAGGUGGCCUCGUGCUGAGCUCCCGGGGCCACACCAGAUGGUGUGGGGCUCAGGGCCCGGCUCGCCUGGGGCACCGCACCUGCAGGGAGGCUGCGUGCGGGCGUGCGGCAGUUGUGCGCGCGGCCGAGCCUCAGUCCUCAUGGGAGGCACGGGCAUCGGCGUGGCUGGCCCUUCUGUGUAGCUAGUGUCAAUGCCAGGAAGCGUGCACCUUCCUCCAGCGGUCCGUGUGGUCCUUGUGACCGGGCUGCGGCCGCUCCCACGUCCGGGACGCGAGCCCCGCUCCGGCAGGCCGCCCGCCCUCUCCUGGCGGGGCGCGGGGGCAGGGAGCUCUGGGCCCAGCGCUCACUCCCUUCUUGGUUUCUCUCAGGACUUAAAGCUUAAUUGUAUCA